AUGGCUGUUUUCGCCAUUGUUUGGGCCACAGUGGCAAAUGAGGCCGUGUUCUUGUUUCUCAUUGCCCCGUUGGCAAUUCUUUGUGUCUACUUCGUCUUCAACGUUUUCUUCCAUCCUUUAAGCGGGGUCCCCGGGCCGUGGAGAGCAACUGCCGCUCCGCUCUGGCUAUGGUAUCACUCGUAUGCUGGUGACGAGACCACUUCAAUCGAGCUUUUGCAUACAAUUUACGGCCCGGUCGUUCGAAUAGCCCCAAAUGAUGUCGAUAUUAGCGACGGUGCAGCUCUUGCCCCUAUCUACUCGGAGAAGGGCGGUUUUUUGAAAGCCCCCUGCUACAGGAACUUUGACUUUGACGGGCAUCCAACAAUAUUUUCUGCUCUGAGUCCAGCGCAUAGAUCCAUUCGCGCAAAAGCAGUUGUUAGCAUGUUCAGUCCAGCUUCGCUCCGCAAAGAGGGCGAUGCAGUGCUUCAGUCCUGUGUCAAGAGACUUGUUACCCAUAUCAAGGAAGAGGCUUCCUCGGGAAAGCCGGUCAACGUGCUCAAUAUGGGCAGAUGUCUGGCCCUUGAUGCCGUUACCGAGUAUCUACUCGGCAGGUCUUAUGGAGGCAUCGUUGAACUUGAGGCGUCCAAAACCAGCAAAGCAUCCAAAAAACUCUCUGCGAGCGAGUUUGUCGACACUUUUGUUGCAGUUGGCCGUUUCUUUCUGUUGCCAAACUGGAUCUUCCACGGACUGGAGUGGGCUCUACCAAAGCUGUACCCUGAUCGAGAGGUCGAUCAGUCAAUGGAUCUUGUCACGAACUUUUGUCGCCAAGUUGUUGCUGAUGCCGAUCCUGAGAAAGAUCAGACAUAUCAGGCUCGGUUGCUAAGAAUUGGCAUAAGCAAGGAAGAGGUCGCUGUACAGUGUAUGGAUCUCAUUUUCGCUGGCACUGACAGCACAGGCAUGAACUUCGGCACGAUAUGCUGGCAUUUGGCAAAGUCCCCAGAGGUGUAUCAGAAGCUUAAAGUCGAGCUUGCGACAUCGUCAGCCAUGCAGGCUGAUCCGCAGACUCUCCCAUAUCUCCGAGGCGUGAUCCGCGAGGGACUGCGAAUGUCGAUGGCAAAUCCAACAAGGCUGCCUCGUCUUGUGCCACCAAACGGAUUUCUGUUCACAACUAAGAUGCCAUCGGCUAACAUCACGGCCUUCAAAUUCCCCGGCGGUACCUCCAUCGGAUGUGCACCAUUUAGCCUACACUUCAACGAGCAUGUCUUUCCUGAUUCAAGAUUAUUCAAACCAGAGCGAUGGCUCGAGCCGACUGAAGAAAUGCUGCGCGACUACAUUCCCUUUGGCCUAGGCCCAAGGCAAUGCAUUGCUCGAAAUCUUGCGUCUAGUGAGCUGUUCUGGGCAGUUAGAGAGUUGGCUGUUUCUGGGGCCCUCGAUGGCGCUCGACCAACGGGACGUAUGGAGGAAGGCAUUGUUAUUGACGAGUGGUUUAACUCAAAGGUCCGGGGCCACACAAUCGAGUUGACUUGGGGACAAAAGGAAUAA